GUGGGCGCUGGCGUUAUGAGCUAACCAACCAUUUUCCGCCUUCCUCAGGCGCUGAGCGGAGCUCGAUUCACAGGCUAACAGCUAAGACGGAGGAGAGACGCCAUGGCCGUGAGUUCUCUAAUUAUGUCCCCGCCGCGGUGGGCUCCACUCCCGGUCUCGAGGACGGCCAGGGUGAGCCGGCCGGUGAGAGUAGCGGCGCCGAGAGCCGCCCUGGUCGAGGCCUCCCCUAGCGGCCUGCAGCCGGCGAGGGAUAACGGUGGCAGUUCCGUGCCGCUGUCGGUAGCCGUCGCUGAGCGGGCCGAGGACAUCCAGGCCGAGACCAGAGCCAUGGCUCGGGCCGCCAAUGCGACAGUCUACAGCCCCGAGCUUCUGUCUCGCAAAUACGGCUCCCGCCCUAUUAAGGUGACGGGUAGAGCUCUGGAGAUACUGAUAGCAGUCGGUUCAUUCGGAUUGAAGCUGUUGAUAGACCAAAGCAACGGCCAAAUUGAUCAGAACAAGAGGAAGCGAGGUGCUGAGCUGAGAAGAAUUUUCACGAGACUCGGACCGACUUUCGUUAAAAUUGGGCAAGGAUUGUCGACAAGGCCCGAUAUUUGCCCUCCCGAGUAUCUCGAGGAGCUCUCCGAACUUCAGGAUGCUUUGCCGACAUUUCCUGAUUCAGAGGCAUUUGCUUGCAUUGAGAGAGAGCUGGGGCUGUCUCUUGAUUCCAUUUUCUCAUCCAUAUCCCCGUCUCCAAUAGCAGCAGCAAGUCUCGGGCAAGUGUACAAAGCACAGCUGAGAUACUCUGGGCAAACGGUUGCUGUCAAGGUGCAAAGGCCCGGUAUCGAAGAAGCCAUAGGAAUGGAUUUCUACCUGAUAAGGGGCCUUGGAUUUUUCAUAAACAAAUAUGUCGAUAUUAUUACCAGUGAUGUUGUCGCCCUUAUUGAUGAGUUUGCUAGAAGAGUUUAUCAAGAGCUCAAUUAUGUGCAGGAGGGACAAAAUGCGAGGAGAUUUAAAAAACUGUACGCUGACAAGCAAGAUGUCCUUGUCCCUGAUAUCUUCUGGGAUUACACAAGUGGCAAAGUAUUGACUAUGGAAUGGGUUGAUGGGGUGAAGUUAAACGAGCAGGAAGCCAUUGAGAAACAGGGAUUGAAAGUUUUGGAUUUGGUAAAUACCGGCAUACAGUGCAGUCUGCGGCAGCUGCUUGAGUAUGGCUAUUUUCAUGCAGAUCCCCAUCCUGGAAAUCUUUUGGCAACACCUGGGGGAAAACUUGCUUUUCUUGAUUUUGGAAUGAUGAGUGAGACCCCGGAGGAAGCGAGAUUUGCUAUUAUUGGUCAUGUCGUUCACCUGGUUAAUCGGGAUUAUGAAGCUAUGGCCCAGGACUACUAUGCUCUUGAUUUCUUGUCACCUGAUGUAGAUGUAUCUCCAAUUGUACCAGCACUACGAGACUUCUUUGAUGAUGCGCUUAAUGCGACUGUAAGCGAAUUAAACUUCAAGACGCUGGUUAAUGGUCUUGGUAAUGUUCUGUAUCAGUAUCCAUUUAAUGUCCCUGCGUACUAUGCGUUGAUACUCAGGUCGCUUACUGUAUUAGAGGGUUUAGCACUAUAUGCUGAUCCUGAUUUCAAGGUGCUGGCUGCAUCAUAUCCUUAUUUCGCUAAAAGACUUCUCACUGAUCCAAAUCCAUAUCUCAGAGAUGCUCUCAUUGAGCUUCUGUUCCAGGAUGGGAAGUUUAGGUGGAAUAGACUUGAGAACCUACUCGAACAGGGCAGAAAAGAUAGAGAUUUCUCUGCAAAAGAUGCUCUGCAACCAGUAUUGAAGCUGUUAUUAGGUCCAGAUGGUGAAGAGCUCCGGGUUUUGGUUAUAAAGGAAGCUGUACGAGUUACUGAAGCAGUUGUUUUGGGUUCAGUGGUUGAUGCAUCUAGAACUGUUCCUGAUUUCAUGAGGACUCUACUUUUUAAUGGCAAUGCAAAUGGACCAUUGGUGAUGAAUGACAAUGAACUGAAGAGCAUGAUAGAGCUCCGGGAUCAGGUGGUCAGGAUAUGGGGACUCUUGAGGACCUCCGAAAACUUUGACCCAGCUCUUUUGCAGCCUAUCUUACAGGUCCUCCAAGAACCUGAAGCACGCAGUUUCGGGGGACGUGUCGCCGGGGGAAUUACACAACGCCUCGCUGCAAGACUGCUGCAACAAGUACUCCGGCCACCUGUCCCAGUUCCCACUUCAACUUCCUGACAGAAGCAGUUAAAUGUUCUGGGUAAGCCCAUCAUUUGUUUUGAUUUGGAAAUCACGAUGGUGGACUCUAUCGCGAUCAUGUAAUCAUUCUUCAUUCUGCAAUCUAUGUGAACGCAAAGCACAUUUAUUUUACAGAGAGAGAAUGAAAUUGGUACAUAUUGACAGAGGGGAAGAAUUUCUAAGAUGAUUAGUUCAGUUCCCUCAGCUCGGAUUUUCCAAAGUUGGAGAGUCGAAGUUCGGUGCUGACUCUUGUAUUGGACUGGCCAUGCGAGGGCUGGAUUGAGAACAUCUCAGCCUCGAGCAACCUCGGUCGCUCGAGGUGUCUGGCUAUUGUUACAAAUAUGUCAUGUCAUUGCUAUAGGAGGUUCUGGGUGUCCAUCAUAUUUGGAAGUAAGGAGAGCAUAAUCCCUGGAAACAUAUACAAUAUUAUGUACAUUCUUGCAGAACAAUGCGAUGCUUGAAUUAUUUAUUCGGUAUACAAUAUUAUCUACAUUUGGUUUCA